AGAGGACGUCUUCCUCUAUCUCUUCGCUGAUUGGUCAAACCUGUCGUCAUUCAGUGGCAACGCAUGUCGUCACACAGGAACCAAAGGAGGCGGUCAAACCAAGAUGGCGUUCCGCGAUGAAGCAGGAAAUAUACCAUACACUCAGUUUUCAGUAAAUCUCCUCAUCUGAGAGCGUCCACCGGAGCUUGUAUGUCUAAGGACAAGUGAGACACCUAUUCGGACACCGAAGACAGAGCAGAUACUGUUACUCUCAAUGGCUGCGAGGAAAUCUGGAUCAGAUAUCCACAACAACGGACCCGUCAGCUAUCUUGAUGAAGUUCCCUUCAAGCUCAAUGAUAAAUUUCGCUGUCCUUCAAAAGUGGGUCUUCCCAUUGGCUUCUGCUUGUCUGAUUGUAAUUCCGUUCUUUCGGAUCUGCAAUAUGACUUUAGUCUAGAGAGGCGAAGCGUUCAGUGGGGGGAAGAACUCGCCAAAGCGCGAGCCGCUGAGGCUCGAGCAGCGGAAGCCGCCCGGACGGACUCUGAAAACGAAAGGCAGGCUGCUGGUCAGGAUGCAGACCUUGGAUUGGUUGGAGGGAAGAAAGCACGCCCCUCUGAUGAGCAGGACGUUGUUCCACCAGCAAUGAACCCAGUUUUAGCUGGCCUACGGCAUAAUGCAAUCCUUAUGCCUCUCCCAGCCCCAUCUUUUGGACCGAUGCGACCAGCACCAAGCAACCCGGCCCCACAGAGUCUGAACUUAGCUGACUUUGAGCGAGAGGAGGACCCUUUUGACAAACUUGAGCUUAAAACACUGGACGACAAAGAGGAGUUACGGAAUAUCUUGCAGAGCCAACCGCAGUCCUCCGUUUCGCCUCCUCAGCUUCCUCCAGCAGAACAUCGCCCCACCUCUCCCAGUAAUACGCCACCUCUUCAGGCCAAAGCAGGAAUCUUCCAUAAACCCAAUGGUUUGGUUGGACUGCUGGACUUAGACCGGGGUGGGGUUGUGGGGACCCCCUGUGGACAGAUUGACGCCGACCGCCCUUGUAACAUUCGUUCACUGACUUUCCCCAAGCUUUCAGACCCAGUAGACUCUUCCUUGGAACCGCCUCUCAGCAGUUACCCAGCAGGCCAACCAUGCAACCUAUCCAACGGCACGCCACCAUCCCUGCAGAGAACAGGGUCAAAAACCAACAUGACACUCCCACAAGAGCAAAGUGUCUUCCCUCAGAAUGGGACACAGAAACAGUCAAACCCCAUCACGCCGACUAAUCAUUCUCCUGCUGCCUCGAUCCUACAUGGCCUCUCUCCCAGCGAACGACAGUGUGCGGAGACAAUUGUGGGCAUGGGUUAUUCCUAUGAGGGUGUUCUUAAAGCCAUGCAGAGACAAGGACAGAAUGUGGAGCAGGUGCUGGAAUACCUGUUUACUCACAGUCGACUGUGCGAUCGAGGUUUUGAUGCGACUGCUGUGGAGGAGUGCUUGGAGAUGUACCAGGGCUCAGAGGAAAAGGCUUUGGAGUUUCUGCAGCUGAUGUCUCGGUUUGGGGAAAUGGGCUUUGAGAGGGACACUAUCAAAGAGGUACUGCUGGUGCACAAUAACGACCAGGACAAGGCGCUGGAGGAUCUGAUGGCCCGAGCAGCUGCGAGCUGAGCCCCAAGAGUCGUCCCUCCCGGAGCCAGCCCUCCUUUGGCUCUCAGAGGGGUCCUGGCUGUGGAAGGAUGGGAUUCUCUUAUCUCUAAGACAAGACAACUGAUUUUGUACCCUGAUAAAGAUAUACCUCUUGGGGUAGGGAUUGAUGGCACCACUCAACAGUGUAUUCAUCCCUCCUCAAAUGUAUGUCUGUUAAGUGAUCUUAGAAUGAUGAUGAGUGGGAGGAGCCGAAUCCUCCUAUUAGAAUUGGCAUUGGGUAGUGUCUCUAUUGCCAUGGUGACAGGCUAGAAUGGGCGGUGCUGGAGAAACAGAACUGAGCGGAGCCCCAAUGGUAGAAUAUGGACUCGGAGUGACACUCGAAGCUAUUACGCUGCCAUCUCCCACUGCUGGACGCAGGCUUUCGAAACGGAAACCUGAACACUCAUACAAUACAUACAACCCAUGGCAGAACAGAGACCCCACAGAAGUGCCCUCUCUCUAUUCUGUCUGUGCUGUUUGUUUGUUCAUACAUUGUUUAUAUGUUUGACUGGAGGAAACACUUUAUCUUUCUUCAUUUGUCCUUUUUUGAGAUUGUGUUUCUUUGCUCUUUUAUUAGGAACUGCUUUAACAGAACUAAUCAUCAUGUAAGUUCACAGAUAAAAAAAUCUGCAGUAAACUUUUGCUCAGUUGGCAUUUGCACUGGAAUGAACACAUUUGGCAAGAGAAAUUGGGAAGUUCAGCAGGAGCUGCAAAAUUUAAAUGAUGCCGCCACAUUUUCCAACAGCUGACAUGCAAACACUGCACAGGCGCACUGAAUCACAAAUGUUAAUAUAAACAUAUUUAAAGAUCUGUAAAGAUGCACUGUUGGUUUCCAUCUGUAAUAAAGAUAUUGAGAAAAUUAACAGUAAUGAGGUUAAAACAUUAAUAUUGGGUUAAUUCUGAAAUCUGUUGAAAAGGCUAAAGACUGUAUAGUUGCAUGAACUGCACAGAAGUUUGGGGGAGGAUGAAUUAUUAUUAUU